UUUACACUAUUACUCACUGUGUAAUUUAUAUCUCACUGUAUUUCAUGUAAAAUUAUUCUCCUUUUUGUAUUCCUUAUUAUUAAAAUUUUUUUUAACAUUUCAAUUUUUUAACAUUUUAGCAUUACAUACUAUAGUGUCGUGAACAAUUAACGAUGGUUAAGAUUACUGACAAAGUUCCUGUUGAAAUCCAAAAACUCCUAUUGAAAUCAAAAAGUAAAAAAAUAAGAGAAAUGAAAAUCUGUUAUGAAAUAACGAUUGCUUAGUAAUGAAUGCAAAAAAAAUCGAUCAAUUGCAAUUUACUAUAAUUUUCACUUUGAUCGUCUAUACGUGCAAAAAAAGUACACUUUAGAAUUUGAAAUGGAGAAAUAAUAAUGUGAAUAAUAUAUUGAACCGAGGUAUAGACGGAUGAUUCUUCGAAUUUUACGUGGCAGUUAAUAUCUGGCAAGAAGAAUGAACGUGUUCGACAAUCAGUAUCGUACUUAUCGUAUUAUAUUGAAAAUUAUAGGACUAUGGCCAUACGACAACUCAAUCUACGUAUGGAUUUAUAGAUUGUGCUUAUUAAUAUAUUUUCUUGUCGUUGUACUAGUACAGAUUUUCUCGCUUGCAAAAUCUGAAAUUUCGUUACGAAAUUGCAUCGUCACAUUGUCUACAACUUUUCCUACAUUGCUAUAUUGUUUACGAUAUAUUUAUUGUCUUACACUGUUUUCAUACACAGAACUAUUGUUCGAUAACAUACGUACAGAAGAACAUAUAUUACAAGAUAUGACAGAAAUACAAAUACAAACGAAAUAUCUUGAUAUUUCGAGCCAUAUUAUCGAUAUUUUUUGCUGGCUGAGUUUUAUUUGUGUUGCAGCGACGUGGAUAUUUAUAUUAAAUCCCGUAACAUUGGAUGUAAUAAUGCCUUUGAAUAAAUCUCGCAUUCACUUUAGUCUUAUAUUCCUUUCUAACGAUCGAAGAACAUAUAUUGAUAUUUUUAUGGUAUUAAAUUUGAUAAUAAUUUUGAUAUUCGGAUUAUUAUCUUUAAUAUGUUCAGAAUCGUUAACUAAUAUUUUUAGUUACUAUGUAUGCAGACAAUUUGAUAUCGUCAGUUAUCGAAUGCGAAAAAUCAUUGUGAAUCUCAGUAUGCCUAAUCUGCCUAAGACAGAUUUGAAACUUCGAGACAUACAUCGAGUAGUGGACAUUCAUUGCCGCACUAUCGAAAAUAUCCAUAUAGCCUCAACUAAUACAGCUACGCAAUAUCUGUUGGCAAUUAUUCUAUGCAUACUCUCAUUCUCUGUAAAUCUCUACCGCCUGUAUAACGCAUUAAUAAUUAUGAACAAUCGAAUGGAAAUCUUCGGUUCUGCUCUCAUGGUUAUGUAUCAUUUAAUGAUCGCAUUUUACAAUAAUCAUUGCGGACAAUUAAUUAUUGACAGUAAUUUUGGCAUAUUUAAGGAAUUAUAUGCUUCUACGUGGUAUCGCAUUCCUUUAAAAGCGCAAAAACUAUUAUUGUUCAUGAUGUUCAAAAGUUCAGUGGGUUGUGAAUUACGACUUUGUGGUUUAUUCACUGCAUCUUAUGCAGGCUUUACAUCGAUGAUGAGUUCGUCCUUCUCCUAUUGUGCUGUUAUAUAUUCAAUUCAAUAAAUAUUCUCGAAUAUUACUGGCUUUUUACUUCACUAUAAGUAUUGCAAUUAUGAUAUUGUUGUAGAUUUGAAUAGUAGAUAUUUA